CAUCCUAUGACAGCAUCAAUAAUAGGGUAAGUGUCUACACAUUCGUUCACUUGGAGAACUGUUUCCAGAAAAAUGAUCGUCAUCGACACAUAAGUUUAGACUUUCACUUAUUUUCGCUUGCUAUUUUGUAUUACUGUUUCUCACAUACUUUAAGGGCACCGAUGACGUAUGGGCAACCAUUCGUGGGGACUGUAAGUGAUUUAAACGCGUGUUGGUCAGGGUGCUGRUUCGUGAUAGUGUGUUCCAAAAAUUCUCGAUAUUCCGGUUGGRCCCUCUUUAUCGUCUAUAUAUUGGAUUUCAUUCUAAUGGAGCUUGUGUGACUCUCUUUAUUGUUUCGUGAUAUGAUAGGAUUAUGGACCUAAAAAACUCCGGGAAAGAGGUCUUCGAUCCAACCUAACUAAAUUAGGUUGGAGAGUCGAAGAUACGCAAGACCUUAACUUUGAUUCAGUGAAUCAGUCUCAUGUGCCUGAUCCUCCUAAUGCCAGAAAUUGUUCACUGGUCGGAAAAGGAUGUAGCUUGCUUUCCGAAGUGGUUGAAACAAAGAUUAACGACGGGCACUUUCCUCUCGUUUUAGGUGGUGAUCAUUCCAUCGCCAUUGGGUCACUCGCAGGGAUUCUUCGCGCACGUCCUGACACAGGAAUUAUUUGGGUYGACGCACAUGCUGAUCUCAAUACACCUGAUACGUCAGGAAGUGGAAACUUUCAUGGAAUGCCCUUGGGGCUUCUGAUGGAUCACCCCGAUGGACAAUAUGAUUUCUCGAAGCUCCCCGGUUUCGAAUUCUUGGUUGAUGGACCGAGGAUUUCGCCGGAACAGCUAGCCUACGUUGGUUUGCGGGAUGUCGAUCCAAUGGAACGCGUAUGGAUAAAAAAGUUGGGCAUAAAGACGUUUACAAUGACAGAYGUUGAUUUUCUCGGGAUWGGGGAAGUCAUGAAACAAGUUUUGGAGCAUCUUGAAGGCAGACCACUGCACUUAUCUUAUGAUAUCGACAGUGUUGAUCCCGUGCUUGCUCCUGCCACAGGGACCAAAGUCCGUGGUGGAUUAACAUACAGAGAGGCUCACUUCGUCGCUGAAUUUGUAGCCCAGAGUGGCGAUCUAGCCAGCGCCGAAGUGGUUGAAGUCAAUCCAAACUUGAGCGAUGAUGAUGGUGCAAACGAAACUGUUGAAUUAGGCAUGCAACUCAUAACAUCACUCAUGGGUAAAAGCAUCAUUUAGAUGAAAAAGUAGGGCAACAAGUUGAGUUUAAGCUUUUUACUAUUGUUCAUAAAUCCAAAUCGUUGUC